UCGACAGGAAAAGAGAAAAGAGAAGAGAGAGAAAACUGAAAUCAAACAGAGCUUUCUUCUUCGGCCGAGGCCACGAUGCGGUUGGUUUUGGCAGCAAAGAGGGCACGAAAGGCGGACAGCAAAGUCGGGAUUUUUCGAUCAGAACAAGCUGGAAUCAAUGGUUAUCUUUUUUGAUUUCUUACCCUGCGGGCGUAUCAGUUUUAUAGAGUUCAAAACCCUAUCAAUUCUCACUUACUGUCAUCAACAAAAAUGGCGAUGACGGAACCCUUAGUAAUCACAGACAAGAACCAGAUGAGGCAAUGGUCGAGAUCCAUGCGAGCCCAAGGGAAGACAAUUGGACUCGUUCCCACAAUGGGUUAUCUUCACGAAGGUCAUCUUUCUCUCGUCAGAGAAGCCCAUCAGCGAACCCAUGUUAUCGUUGUCUCAAUUUAUGUAAACCCAGGUCAAUUCGCGCCAACUGAGGAUCUUUCCACUUACCCAUCUGAUUUUAGCGGCGAUAUAAAGAAACUCAAUUCUGUCCCUGGAGGGGUUCAUGUCGUGUUUCAUCCUCACAACUUGUAUGAUUACGGAGCAGGAAAAGAAGAAAGGAUAGAAAAGGAAAAAGAGAAAAAGGGAGACGGUGAUGUCUCUUGUUUGGACAAUAGUGGUUUAGGUCAUGAAACAUGGAUUAAAGUUCAUAAUUUGGAAAAGGGUAUGUGUGGAAAGAGCCGUCCAAUCUUCUUCAGAGGAGUCGCCACUGUUGUGGCCAAAUUGUUUAACAUUGUAGAACCUGACAUCGCCUUCUUCGGGAAGAAGGAUUACCAACAAUGGAGAAUCAUUCAGCGGAUGGUUAGAGAUCUUGAUUUUGGUAUAGAAGUGGUGGGUUCUGAGAUUGUAAGGGAUGCUGAUGGUCUUGCCCUGAGCUCCCGGAAUGUGUAUCUUUCACCGGAACUGAGAACGCAGGCCUUGUCAAUAAACCAAUCGUUAUAUCAAGCUAAACGAUUAGCUGAAAAUGGUGAAGCUAAUUCAAUAAAGUUGAGGGAUUCAGUUGUUCAUUCAAUAGAAGAAGCUGGUGGAAAGAUUGAUUAUGUAGAGGUUGUAGAUCAAGAAAAUCUUGAAGCAGUGGAAGAGACAAUAGUAAGGCCUGUGGUGUUUUGUAUUGCUGCCUGGUUUGGUAAAGUUAGGUUAAUUGAUAAUAUGGAGAUGAUUAGUGUCUAAGGUAAUAAUAUAAUGAAUUUUAUAACUAUUUUCAAAUAAGGUAUGUUUGAUAUUA